AGAUUUAUAUUUAGUGAAGGUUUGUGCAACAGUUUAAAAAAUGGAUUUAAAGGGGAUUGUAUCCCUUCUCACAAUGAUCGUCUCUUUUAAUGUUCUUUUUGUCUCCACUCUUGCCACAACCUUGAUACCUCCUAUGGACCUUCAACAUACAUUGCCAUCAAAGAUACCGCCGCAUACUCCUAUCAAGAAACCACCAUCACCACCUAAUAAGCAUUCAUUCACACCACCACCACCACCACCACUUAAAAAGCAUUCAUUGACACCACCACCUCCACCACCUAAGAAGCCUUCAUCGACACCACCACCACCUAAAAAGCCUUCAUCGUCACCACCACCACCACCACCACCUAAGAAGUCUUCAUCAACACCACCACCUAAGAAGCCUUCAUCGACACCACCACCUCCACCACCUAAAAAGCUUUCAUCAUUACCACCACCAUCACCUAAGAAGCCUUCAUCAACACCACCACCUAAAAAACCUUCAUUGACACCACCACCUCUACCACCACCACCACCACCUAAGAAUCCUUCAUUGACACCACCACCUAAAAAUCCUUCAUCGUCAUCAUCGCCACCACUACCUCUACCACCACCGCCACAUACAUGGCCAUCUUUUACACCGCCUCCAUAUCUUAUGACGCCACCACCUAAGACAACUCCUACAAUACCACCAACUACUUCUACCACUCUAGCACCUACUUUGCCACCACCAUAUUUGAUGACACACCCACCCAAGACGACUUCAAUAACACCACCACCUACCCCUAUAACAAAACCACCUACUUUGCCUCCUUCUACACCACCACCUCGUACAUUGACCCCACCACCUAAUAUGGCUUCAACAAAAACGCCUUUUACUCCUACCUUAUCUCCACCUACAUAUCUUUCUUCUGCGCCGCUAGCUCAUCCACUAACAUCAUCCCUUACUCCUAUAACACAAUCACCUACCUUGUCUUCUUUAACACCACCCCCUCGUUCAAUGACCCCGCCACCAAAAACGGGCUCUACAUCACCAACACAUUCCCCAAGCACACCACCUCUGUUAUCUCAUUCAACACCUCCAUCUCGACAAAUCACACCAACACCUAUGACGAAUCCUACAACAACAACCCCUACUCUUUCCUCACAACCACCUAUAUUUACUCCUACUACACAUGCACCUAGUCCGCUAACACUCUCACCUACUCCAACCACACCACAACAUACAUUGCCACCAUUUAUACCACCCCCUCGUCAAAUGAUGUCACCAACUAAUGUUGCACCUACAAAAGUGUCACCUACUUCAAUGGCACCUCUACCUAAUACGGCUCAUACAACUCCACCAUUUUCUCCUACCACACAACCACCUCUGUUGCCUCCUUCUACUCAACCACCUCGUUCAAUGACACCAACACCUAUGUUAAAUCCAAUAAUACCGCCACUUACUCCUACUACGCCACCUCUAGUUUUUCCUCCAAUGACAAAACCACCUCGUCCAUCAACUCCCUCAUAUAAUCCUAUCAUACAACCACACCCAAUGUCAUCUUCUACACCUCCCCCUCGUUUCAUAAUGACACCAUCUAACACCUCUCCUACGACACCCCCAUCUACUCCAACCACACGACCACCGACAUUGCCUCCUAAUACACGUCCACAACCUCCAAAGAAACAACCACCUAAGACAUCUCCUACAACAGCACCACCUACUCCAACAACACCAGUCUUGCCACCAUCUAACACUUCUCCUACGACAACCCCAUCUUCUCUGACCACACGACCACCAACCUUCCCUCCUAAUACACUUCCACAACCUCCAAAGAAACAACCACCUAAGACAUCUCCUACAACAACGCCGCCUGCUCCAACAACAACACCAGUCUUGCCACCUUCUAACACCUCUCCUACGACACCCACAUCUACUCCAACCACAGGACCAGCAACCUUGACUCCUAAUACACUUCCACAACCUCCAAAGAAACAACCACCUAAGACAUCUCCAACAACAGCGCCACCUAUUCCAACAACAACACCAGUCUUGCCACCUUCUAACACCUCUCCUACGACAACCCCAUCUUCUCCAACCACACGACCACCAACCUUGACUCCAAAUACACUUCCACAACCUCCAAAGAAACAACCACCUAAGACAUCUCCAACAACAGUGCCACCUACUCCAACAACAACAUCAGUCUUGCCACCUUCUAACACCUCUCCUACGACAACCCCAUCUUCUCCAACCACACGACCACCAACCUUGACUCCUAAUACACUUCCACAACCUCCAAAGAAACAACCACCUAAGACAUCUCCAACAACAGUGCCACCUACUCCAACAACAACACCAGUCUUGCCACCUUCUAACACCUCUCCUACGACACCCCCAUCUACUUCAACCACACGACCACCAACCUUGACUCCUAAUACACUUCCACAACCUCCAAAGAAACAACCACCUAAGACAUCUCCAACAACAGUGCCACCUACUCCAACAACAACACCAAUCUUGCCACCUUCUAACACCUCUCCUACGAUAACCCCAUCUUCUCCAACCACACGACCACCAAUCUUGACUCCUAAUACACUUCCACAACCUCCAAAGAAACAACCACCUAAGACAUCUCCAACAACAGCGCCACCUACUCCAACAACAACACUAGUAUUUCCACCUUCUAACAGCUCUCCUAUGACACCCUCAUCUAAUCCAACCACAAGACCACCAACCUUGCCUCCAAAUACACUUCCACAACCUCCAAAGAAACAACCACCUAAGACAUCUCCAACAAUAGCGCCACCUACUCCGUCAACAACACCAGUCUUGCCACCUUCUAACACCUCUCCUACAACACCCACAUCUAAUCCAACCACACGACCACCAACCUUGCCUCCUAAUACACUUCCACAACCUCCAAAGAAUCAACCACCUAAGACAUCUCCAACAACAGCGCCUCCUACUCCAACAACAAAAACACCAUUCUUGCCACCUUCUACACCGCCUCCACGUCCGCUAACAUUAACCCCUAAGACAACUCCGACGACAUCACCACCUAAUCCUUCUACACUACCGCCCACUCGUACUCCACCACCAUAUGUGGUUCCCCCAAUUAUAACGCCACCUCAUCCACUAACACCAUCCCUUACUCCUACCACACAACCACCUAUCUUUAUUCCUUUAACACUAUCUCCUCGUUCUAUGACCUCACCACCUAAAAUGGGCCCUGCAACACCAACACAUACCAUAAGCACACCACCACCCAUGUUACCUCCUUCAACACCUCCAUCUCGACAAAUUACACCAAUACCUAUGACAUAUCCUACAACAAAAACACCUACACCUUCCUCACAACCACCUAUAUUUCCUCCUUAUACAUAUGCACCCCGUCCGCUAUCACUGUCACCUACUCCAACCACACCACCCCAUGCAUUGCAACCAUCUACACCGCCCCCUCAUCAAAUGAUGCCACCACCUAAUGUUGCACCUACAAAAGUGCCACCUACUUCGAUGACACCAAUACCUAAUACAACUCAUACAACUCAUACAACUCCAACAUAUUCUCCUAUCACACAACCACCUAUGUUGCCUCCUUCUACACAACCACCUCGUCUAAUGGCACUAACACCUAUGUUAAAUCCUACAACACCACCGCCUACUCAUAUUACGCCAUCACCUUUUUUCCAUCCUUCAAGCCAACCACCUCGCUCGUCAAUACCACCACCUAAUCCUACAACAUCACCACAUACAAUGUCACCUUUUACACCUCCUCCUCGUUCGGUAAUGCCACCACCUAAGCCCACUCCUAUGAUUUCACCACCUACCCUAACCAUACAACCACCAAUGUUGCCUCCUUAUACAAUCCCUACCUUUACACCACCCACUCCUAACAGACCACCAACUGUGUUUCCCCCUGAUACACCCUCACCAACUCCUAAAACACCUCUUAUGAUGACUCCACCAACUAAAAUAACUCCUACUAUACCACCACCCAUUCCGAACAGACCACCGCCUAUGUUGCCCCCCUAUACAUCCCCACCUACUCCUAAUAAAACACCCCCAAUGUCGCCCCCUUCUACACCUCCACCAACUCCUAAGAUACCCCCACCUAAUUUUACUCCUAUCACACCGCCAUCACUUCCUAUGACACCACCACCUCCUGCCAUACCACCCAAUUGUCCGAUGGGAAACUUGCGUGUUUGUGCAAAUUUGUUAAAUUUAGUAAGCAUAGUAAUUGGGACUCCACAAAACCAACCAUGUUGUUCUCUCAUAAAAAAUCUUGUUGAUUUUGAAGCCUCUGCAUGUAUGUGUGGUGCGAUAAAGGCUAAUAUAUUAGGAGUAAUAAGAGUUAGCAAUAGUAAUGCAUUGAACUUACUCAUCGGCAAGUGUGGGCGUAAAAUUCCUACGGGAUUCGUAUGCAAUUAAGAACAUACAAUAUGUAUUGGCAAUGACCAAUGAGUUUAAAUAAGGCAUGUGUGCUUGGUGAUCUAUGGAAGCCACAUGCAUCCAUCCUCACUGUUUUUAUGUUUAUGUGUGAACAAAGGUUUCUAAUAAAUGAGUUAUUAUAAAGUCAAUAAAAAUAAAU